AUGUUGCUCUCGUGUAUAGGGCUGUGUCCGACCCUAAAAUGGGGACCUGUCGACUGUGAAGACCAAUGCAGUGAUGGAUGUGUAGCAGGCUGCGAUAUUUAUAAUGGCGUCUGUCUUUAUGGCUGUACUGCACGCAAAUGGGGCGCUUACUGUAAUCUUACCUGCAGUCCUAACUGCAUAGAUGGCGACUGUCACAAAGAUAACGGCACUUGUGUUAGCGGAUGUUCAUCAGGAUUUCAGGGUUACAAUUGUCAAGAAUGUGCUCCUCGGAAGUGGGGUGACAAAUGCGAAAAAUCCUGCAGCCCACACUGCUUCAACAGCCACUGUAACAAUGAGACUGGCGAAUGUAUUUAUGGGUGUAAGAAGGGAUAUAAACGUCCAUUUUGUGAAGAAGUUCCACAGUGUCCGAUUCAAACGUGGGGAUCUAAGAACUGUGAAAACAAAUGCAGUGAUGGAUGCGUAUUCGGCUGCGAUGCUUAUGAUGGCGCAUGUCUCCAUGGCUGUAAGGACGGCAAAUGGGGUAAAUACUGUAAUCGUACCUGCAGUCCUAACUGCAAACAAGGCAAAUGUGAAAAAUAUAACGGCUCUUGUGUUAGCGGAUGUUUACCAGGAUUUCAGGGUUACAAAUGUAAAGAAUGUAAAAGAAACACAUGGGGCGCGAAUUGCAAAACUAAAUGCAGCGCCAACUGUGUGAGAAAAACAUGCAAACAUACGAACGGCGAGUGUACUCACGGGUGUGUUCCUGGGUAUGAGGCACCAUUGUGUACAAAAGAAUGUUCGCAAGGGACGUAUGGAAAAAAGUGUUCAAUGGAAUGCUCUGUGAACUGCAAACAACGCAACAAAUGCCACCAUGUUACCGGAGUAUGUAAAGAUGGUUGUCUACCAGGACUAUGGCCUCCCCUUUGUGACCUCCCCUGCGGUAAAAAAACAUGGGGUCGAGACUGCGACUUCAAAUGCAGUGACCAUUGCUUAUACCAGGAAGGAUGCUAUGGAAGAGAAGGGGCUUGCGUUGGCGGUUGUGGACCUGGCUACAGGCGUCUAAAAUGCACAAAAGUGUGUAGACCAAAGACUUGGGGAUAUGAUUGCGAAAACCUAUGCAGUCCAAAAUGCAUCAACAAAGAAAAGUGCAAUGCUAUAAACGGUACCUGUGUGGGGGGAUGUACUGCAGGCUUCAGGCCACCUGAUUGUGUAGAAGUCUGCCGUAAAGGAACGUGGGGUAUUAACUGUAACAACGUAUGCGACCAGCAUUGUCCAAAGGGCAUCUGUGAUCGUAUUAGCGGCGCAUGUAUUCAAGGGGCUGAUAUCAAGAAAGAGCUGUUGGAUAUGCUGAUGACCGUAAUGCUACUAGAACAAUUAUAGGAACAACUUAUAACAAGCAACAGCAACCAUUAGAACAACAACCAUGAAAAGCAGCAACAACAACUACAACCAACAACAAUUAUGAAAAGCAGCAACAACAACUACAACCAACAACAAACAUGAAAAGCAGC